GUCCUCCCCUGACCCUUUUCACACGCCCCCGACGCAACCGCAUCGCCGCGGGCUAUAUCCUCCCCUCCCCCGCCUCCCACCCCACCUCCGCAUCCAGCCUGAUCCAGCGCCGCCGCCGAUCCCCAGCAUCUUUGCUUUAGCAUCCCAGAUGUUCCUCACCCAGAAGUGCAGCUCGCUCCUCCCGCCCAACCACCACCACUCGGACGCCGCGCCGCCCAAGGCCAGCCGCCAGCGGAAGCAGCAGCAGCUGCUGACGGCCAAGGCGGCCUGCUUCGACGCGGCGCUGGCCGCGCGCCUCCGGGGCCUGCUGCCGGGUCCGGCGCCCUCCUCCCCGCUCGCGGCGCUCGCGCGGCUCGCCGACCUCCUCGCGCUCACGCUCGCGGAGGCGGCGCCCGCGCUCGCCGGCGAGGGGGACGCGGCCGCCGUCGCGGCGCACCUCGACGCCGGCGUCGCGCUCCUCGACGCCUGCAACGCCAUCACCGCGCGCCUCGAGCGCCUCCGCCGCCGCCGCCUCCUCGCCCGCUUCGCGCUGCACCUGCUCUCGUCGUCGCCGGCCGACGGGCGCGAGCGCGCGCGCGCGGACCGCGACGACCGCAGCUCGUCGUCCCCUCCGCCCCCGCUCCCCUCCCUCCCGUUCGACCAGCCCCGCGGCCGCCUCUCCGCCGCCGCGCGCGUCCUUGUCGCCGUGAGCGCCGUCUCCUCCCUGGCCGCCGCGGCCGCGGCCGCCGUCCUCGGAGAAGCCUUCCUCGACGCGGCCGCCUUCCCCCGCGUCUCCGGCGGCGACUUCCCCUGGGCGGAACCCUUCAACGCCGUGUCCGGCCAGCUCGCCGCCUACAGCGCCGCCAGCGAAGUGGACGCCAUCGACGAGGCCGUCCAGAGGCUCGCGUCGGUGCUCGACGGCGAGGACGACGAGGCGGCGGUGCGCGCCGCGGCGCAGGAGGUGGAGAGGCGCACGGAGGAGCUGACGGCGCGGCUGGACCGCCUGUCGGACGCCGUCAACGGCGUGUUCCGCGCGGCGCUGGGCCUCCGCAACGCCGAGCUCGGCAGCUUCACGGUCGGACCCGCCGGGAAGACGUGUGCGUAGCCUUCCUUUUUUUUCCCCACUCGACCUCUGACUGCAAGCGUGUGCGUCGUUGUACAUGAGGCUGUAGGAUGCUGCUACAGUUCAGUGUUGUGGUGCGUGGCAGGCAGUCUGGGUAAGUGUCGUAGCCAAAGGCAGGAUUGGUUGGGCGAAUGUGUUGGUAAAAUCGUGUGUGUUAAAAGAGGAAGCCGCAUACGAGGAUACAUGUUGCAUUUUGCGCCCUUUUGUACAUGUGGAAUCCAAUGCUGUGUGGAAAAAGAACAUGUAUGUGCUGGAAAUGUUCAAUCUGUCUAUGCAGUGUAAUUUUGAGGCGUAAUACUAUGAGGAAUCUGAGAUGCA